ACACUCUUCUUUAACUAUUUACAUGCAGCUAAUAGCCUAUAAUAAUCUCAGCACGCUGAUUAUCGGCUCAUAUUGCGACUCCGAGCUACAAAACGUGUGCUCUCUCGAUUCAGCGGCUCCUUUUGCUAUGUGUAUGUCGGCCAUGGAGGUUGAUGUAGCAGUCAUAGGUGCUGGUCUAACCGGCAUCGCCUUUGCGCGAUUCUAUCUCGACAUCCACCCUGAAGCGCGCCUCGUGAUCUUCGAGAAGGAUGCCGACAUUGGCGGGGUUUGGAGUGCAGAAAGGGUGUUUGAGGCGUUCUGGGCGCAAAGUCCUCUACGUAUGACGUCGUUGGCAGACGUAGCUCUCGACAUCCCGGACGAUGCUCCCAGGGCGUACGGAACAUUUGAGGCCAAGUAUGUAACCAAAUAUCUGAAAGAAUAUGUCGACAGCCAUGUCUACAAUGGGGAAUCUUUACGAUCACGAAUCAGGGUCAAUGCAGAUGUGCGAUCAGUGGAAAAGCACGGUGAUGGGUGGCUCUUGCAUAUCAAAGGUACCGAGCCUCAGUCUUGGUACUGUAAGAAAUUGGCUGUCGCAUCAGGACUCACAUCAUUGCCAAAUAUGCCAACCUUCCCUCUCAGUUCCGAUUGUAAAUUUCCCAUGCUUCAUCAUCGGGACCUUGGAGCUCAUGAGAAGAUCUUGGAGCCCGAUUCAGCUUACAGAAACAUCACCGUUAUUGGGGGAGGAAAAUCAGCAGCCGACAUGGUGUACGGUGCUCUCAAAAAAGGGAAAAAUGUUAACUGGAUCAUUCGAACUUCAGGAGAAGGCCCAGGCAUAUUCAUGGAUCCAGCAGCUAGUGGGAGAUACAAACAUGCGGCAGAAGCCGGGGCAACCCAGAAAGCUGCGACGCUCAGCCCUUCUUUUUUCCAUGAGCUUUCUGGUACGGCUCUCUCACUUCAUCAAAACGAGUCAGCGAGAGCUAGUCUCGAGGAGAAACUGUAUGCCGCCGAUCAUCGAUUCAAGGCCUGGGCGAACUAUCGUGGGCGUGAAGGGGCUCUUCCAGGCUUUCGUGACUUGGAACCAAAAGCAUCAUUCUUUUGGAGCAGCGGUCCUAUUGGAGUCAUUCAGCAGGACGAUUUUUGGGAUUUAGUCAGUAAGAACGUACACGUCUACCGGGGUGAUCCAUGUGGUACUACAUCCGACGCCAUAAUAUUGAUGGACGGAAGAGAAGUGCCUACUGAUGUCGCUUUAUGUGGCACAGGUUGGAACUCCUCGUACCCUUUCUUCACGAAUGAACAAGCCUCUCAAUUGGGUCUCCCACAUCAACCUAGCGCCUCGACCGAAGACCAAACCUGGAAAGAUUUGAUAAAACAAGCAGAUGCAGAGAUUCUAAGAACGUAUCCCAUUCUGGGCUCGCCGCCGACCGACGCCAAAUUUGUCGGGGGUGAUAACCUCACACCAGCCAGGCUCUACAACGGCAUGGCUUCCCUAUCUGAUCCUUCCAUUCUCUUUUUAGGGAGAGCUCGAAUGUCCAACAACUUCCGCGCCGCUGAUGCUCAGGCUAUUUGGGCUACCGCAUACUGGGAUGGCCAUGUAACUCUACCGCCAUUAGGUGAGGCAAAGCGCCAAGUGGCAUAUAUGAACGCCUUAUCACGAAGACGUUAUCCGACUAGAGGUGCUGACGGUGUCAACUUCCAUGCAGAUCUGGUCUAUUACACGGAUAAGCUUGCUUGUGAGGCUGGACUUUCUUCUCACCGCAAGGGCUGGUGGAAUGAUCCUGAAGAGCCGUGUCUGGCGAGUGAUUUUCGAGGUUGUACAGAGGAGUAUCGGAAGAAAUACUGUUAGGCGAAGGUAGACGGAAUAAAGUAGACUUCCUAAUAGCUACAAUUAGAUAUGCUAAUCAAGCUUGAUUGUAUGAU